AUGGAAGAGGACGAUAACAACAUGCAACAAUGUGUGCUGGACGGUCCGCAGAGUCCUGUAUUCGAACCUGAACGCUCAGUACCAGUUGCUCCGGAAGCAAAUAUGAUCCCAAACCCCACGAAAGUCUAUCUUAAUAGACUUAAAGCUAUUGAGACGAGCACUAGAGCUGCUAUUGCUAGCUGGAAUCCUAGCACCAUGGGCUCUGUGCUACCCGCUAAGCGAUCAGCAUCUGAGAUAUCGAUUGAUAGUGAAGAUGAAGAUGAAGAUAGCGACGAUGAAAAAGAUACAGCAGUGCCUCCGCUUGACCUAACUCAGCAGCGCCGUCCAAAGCUACCCAUCUACCAUCCAGGAUUUCAACGGUCAGAGAAGGAUGUUCAGAAUAUACUGCGAGUGUUCAAAGACUUCCUAGAAGCAGCUGCGAAUCAGGGUAUUGGUGGCGAAGAGGCUAUUUGUCUCCACUCACAAGCUGUCAAAAAUAGCAUUAUUUCCUACCAGGAAGAGAUUCGGUUUGCAGUGACAGGAGACACAGGAUCUGGGAAGUCUGCAACUACGAAUGCUUUACUAGGUGACGACCUGACUCCAGAAGGUGAUAGUGGCAGUGCCUGCACUAACGUGGUAACGGAGUUCCGUCAGAAGAAACUCUCCACCAAUAUAGGUGCUGUCCAAGCAGAGGUAAAAUUUUACUGCCUCGAAUAUUGCCUCGAAAACCUUGUAACUACUUGGUUUAAGCAAUGGUUUGCUACCCAACAGCGGAUGGUGAGCGAUGAAGAAGACGUCGAUGACGACGAUCGGGCACGCAAAGACGCCGCUCUGGAUUGCUUGAACCAUCUCUUCGCUCACCGUGUCGCACCUGAAUCGCUAGAGAAAUUUAUGUUUACAAGCAAGUCUUGGAAAGAUAGUUCAGUACUCUCAAAGCUACGGAAAUGGACCAUUGAAAUACACGAGCAAUUUGUUCGGGACGGCGAGCUCUUUGUCCUCCUCACAUCUAGCACGCACAGCGACAUGCGCGAACAGCUUCGCCCUUUCCGAAUGAAAGCACCAAAUGCGCGUUUCAACGGGAAGCCUCUUUCUUUCAGCCCAUGGCCGUUUGUGGAGAUUAUCAGGUACUAUGUCGACAGCCCUCUGUUACAGGAUGGAAUCUGCUUAGCCGAUGUACCGGGGGCGAAAGACAUCAACGUAUACCGCGUUACGACUGCAGAGGAUUAUUUGCAGCAGUGCGAAAAGACGAUUGUAGUUGUCGACAUCAAGCGGGCCACGAGCGACCAAUCUUUUCGACAGCACUAUCUGGAUGCGCACCGUAGGCGACACCAUGGUAGCGUCAUUCUUGUGGCCACUAGAUCUGACGAAAUGAAUGAUGAUGGUGGUAGUACACUGCAACUGGAUGCCGUAGCGGAAGAACAGCUGGCCCCCAUCGAGGAAAAGCUGAGCGAACUCACAGGUGAGGUCCAGAUUAUCGAAAAAGACAUCGAGACCAACAAACAAAACAUCAAAAGCAUCAGAAUCAUAGGCAAUAAAAGCUCUGUCACCGAAGACGAUCGCUCGAAGGAAGCCUUGCGCGCCAGCAACAAGAACCUGGGUACACGCAAAAAAGAGUUGAAGACGUGCAUUGUUUCCUUGGAAAAAGAACGUAAAGACGUUCGAAUUGCUUGCCGUAACAGGUUCGUUGCUACGGGUUUGAGCCGGAUGUACAGUCAAAACACUGGCGACGAUGCGGGCGCUGCAUCCUUUUGCAUUUCUAAUCGCAUGUACAUGCGGUACCGCCGGGGAUACAAUACUGCGUAUCCUGACAAGAUCCCGUCUAUGAAGUUGGAAGACACAAAAAUCCUUGCGCUUUUCAAUCAUAUUGCUGGACAGCCUUCCCAAGGAAAGGUCGCCGUUCUUGAAAACUUUAUCCAGUUUAAAAUCCCCAUGCUGCUAAGCAUCUUCCAGAUGAGCUGUAGCAAGAGUACAGAAGCUCGGGUAGAGUAUGUAACUAAGAUUCUGGACAAGGCCAUCAAGGAUAUCGAGUUGAACAUCGAGAAAAUAGAAAAGAGAUGCCGCAACACGUUCUUGAAAGACCUUUUGGCUGAGCUUUCAAAACGUGAGCUGCAGGACAAGUUUGAUAGCAAGGCCGAGGAGAAGCUCGAGGAGCUUGAGAAGAUGCCUGCCGCUACGCAUAGGGCUCUAGUCAAACAUCAUGGGAAAUGGCAUCAGAAGAAGCUGGGCAUUAAACACGACGUGAAUGCUGCACUCCUAUCAUUUGUUGCAUCUGAUAUUGAUAAGCAUUUCCGACAAGCAAUCGAAGGUGCACCUUCAUCGUUUAAAGCCCAUGCUGCACAAACUAUCAAGACAAGCUUCCGUGAACUAAAUAAGCGAUUGAAAGAUGAUCCACAGGCUCUAGCCGGAGAUGCGUACCGGACCUGCUUCGGCAACAAUGUUGUUGAUCAUGAAAAGAACAUUACAGUCACGAUCGAAGCUGCCACGAAGAAGCUCCGCGAACGCGUCAUCGAAGUCUUCGGCAAAGCCAUCAAGCCUACCGAAAAAGGAUACAUACACGAAGCAAUGGAUCCUGUCUAUAAAAAGGCCGAGCUGCAAAAAGCCGGAAAACGCCAGAAGGUCAUGGACGUCCGCCAUGCAUAUCUCAAAGAGAAGAUCCUUGGCCUCCAAGGGAUUUUUCCUGCCAUUGCGGAACGGACCAAAGAAGAUGUGGAAGAGCUCGUCAAGGACACUUGCAAAGACCUCCGCAAAGAAAUGGUUGGUAUUCUCGAAACUAUUCGAGAUGCUUUUCGGCGACAGAAGCAUAGCAAAGAGCAUGAUACUCCGGAAGGCCAGCGUUUCCGUAAGGACCUGCACGAGUUGGUUGCUGAGGCGUCGAGGAUUUUGAAGGGCACUGUGUGCGAGAGUUUGGAAAGGUGCAAGGAGUACAAGUAA